AUGAAUUGCACCAAAACCAAAAAUUACUACACAAUCGCCAUCACUGCCAGAAAUAAAAAGAUAAUCAAAGGAAGAAACUCCAUUGUAAGUUGUGUUUGAAUAUAUAGGAAAUUAAUGAAACCAGCAAUUUAGAAUCCUUUCUCUUAAUCUAAACUUUCAAGAUAACCAAGCAGCAGAGAAACUACAAUAUCUUAAAGAAAGUAGUCUUAAACAAAAAAACAGAAGUAGAAUCAUUAGUGAAAAAUAAGACUUAUUUUAAUCAUCGUUCUUUAAUGAAUGAUUAUUUUAAAAGAUAGAACAUUUCAAUUGCAACAAAAGUGUUUUUUUUUAAUUCUUAAGAUAAAUAUAUUCGUAGAUGUUUACAAAGACAUAGUUGGCUUGUAACUCUUCUAACUAAUAAAUUUUUGAUCUGA